AAAAAAAGAGAUCCAAUUUCCAACGAAUUCCCUUCGAUAUCCUGUGAAUUUCUGAUUUUUCCCUGAGGAUCACUGGAACCAUGACCCCUUCAAAAGACCGACAUCCAUCUCGAUCUCAGAUUCCAGAAAUUGGCAGAGUUUCAGAGAAUAUCAACCCCAACAGCCCUUUGCAGAAAUCUGGCAACUCCCACUCGAUCGGCUCUGCAAAAUUGAAGAAAUCAGCCCCAAAAGACCCAAUUCGUAUCAGUUCUUUCCAGAGCAGCAUUCAAGAAAGGAGGUUUGUAGUUGCUAAGAAGAACUCGAAAAGGGCCGCCCCGGCAUCGGUCACCUGCAAUUGCAAAGAGAAGCCGACAAAUUCCAAGAAAUGCCCCUGUAUUGCUUAUGAGAACCUUCAUGCCUCUCAGGAGGAGUUCUUCCGUGCACGGGUCGAUGAUGCCGGAGCAGACUCAGAUGUUUCGGAGGACGAUGGAAAAUAUAGAAAUAGAGAGGCAGAGAAAAAUCAGGAUAUCGAGACAAUGGAAGAGGCAUUCGGGUUCUUGCCAAAUGAAUCAAAAUCCCCGGAGCUUGAUGAGAUUGGGUUCAUGGAGGAAGCAGGGAGUUCAAAGAUGAAGAGGAUGAGGAAUAGGCUCCUUGAAGAUGCCCGGAAUAGCAUUCCUGAGUCUGGAAGAGUGAUGCAUUUGGUUAAGGCCUUUGAGAGUAUCCUUUCGAUUCCGAAUUCAAAUGGCUCAAACGAGAUAGAUGAAAGCAAGAAGUGUAUGAAAUGGGCAUUGCCAGGGUUGCAUGGGAAGGUCCCCACGGCAGAGGUUUCUUCUUUAUCAUCAUCUGAUCUUUUCAUCACUUUGAAGAAUUUCAAUAUGGAUUCAAGGGUCUACUCUUCUUUCCACAGCAGCAAUGGGAGCAUUGGGAGCAGGACUUCUGGUGGAGGCAGGAGCCGACAAAAGAGCUCUGAGUCCUUGGGAAGAGCUGGUGGAAAGAAAUGGGAGAAACAGCUGAAAGUCACCAGCCUAUAUCCAUUCAAGCUAAGAACUGAGCAAAGAGGGAGAUUCAAAAAAGAAGAAUUCCAUAAGAAAGUAGAGCAAAUGAUGGAGGAGGAGAAAAAACAGCGGAUCCCAAUCGCACAAGGCCUGCCGUGGACAACAGAUGAACCAGAGCGCUUGGUGAAGCCUCCAGUGAAAGAAAGCACAAAGCCGGUUGAUUUGAAACUUCACAGUGAUCUACGUGCAGUAGAGCGUGCAGAAUUUGAUAAUCAGGUUGCUGAGAAGAUAUCCUUAAUGGAUCAGUACAGAUUAGAAAGAGAGAGGCAGCUAAAGAUGGAAGAAGAGGAAGAAAUAAGAAGGUUGAGGAAAGAACUGGUGCCAAGAGCUCAACCAAUGCCCUAUUUUGAUAGGCCUUUUAUACCAAAAAGGUCAUUGAAAAAUCCAACCAUACCCAAAGAGCCCAAGUUCCAUAAUCCGCAGCACAAGAAGAUCAAAUGCAUGUCAUGGAAUGACAUCAACUUGGCCAUCAACACUGAUGAGAUGAGAAAUGGUAAGGAAAGAUGAAGACAGGAGAAUAUUUCGGCAAAUGUUGACAACUAUAUGUUUUUCUUCAUACAUUAUAUGAAGAUUAUUCCUUUUUCUUUUUUGGUCCAACCUGACGUUAAGCAAUCAAUUUAAUUGCAAUUCUUUUGGAAUAAACAAUGAACAAAUCUGCAAAUUUCUCAA